AAAGAAAGAAAGAAGUCGAGAAAAUGAACGGGCAGCCCUCACCUGUCUUCGAGGACAAGAAGCCCGCGCUCCCCGUGGCUAUGAACUCCUCCAUCUCGGCGGCUACCAAGGAUUCCCCGACCCUGCCGGAGUCCUCAUCCACAGACAUGGGCUUCUACAGCGGCCAGAGCGCGCUCCACGGCGCGCAGGAUUUUUACGCGGCACAGCAGCCGUAUGCGGCCCAGCACAUGAACCCGUACGCGUACCAUCACCACUACAACCUGAACGGGAUGGGACCCGGCGGCGCGUACCCCGUCGGCAAAGCUGAGUACGCGUAUCCGCACGCAGCGUACAGGGAGCACGCUGCGUUCAGCAGCAGGGAGGCGCAGGCAGUCAUGCAGGACAGUGUGAAAGAAGAGCCAGAAAUGGAGGUCCGGAUGGUGAAUGGGAAGCCCAAGAAGGUGCGCAAGCCCCGCACCAUCUACUCCAGCUACCAGCUGGCAGUCCUGCAGAGGAGAUUCCAGUCCGCCCAGUACCUGGCUCUGCCUGAGCGAGCAGAGCUGGCAGCUCAGCUGGGCCUCACGCAGACACAGGUUAAAAUCUGGUUCCAGAACCGUCGCUCCAAGUUUAAGAAGCUCUACAAGAACGGAGAGUUUCCACUGGGAGAAAUGUCUCUUGAACACAGUCCAGACGCCAGUGAUUCCAUGGCCUGCAACUCUCCUCCAUCCCCAGCUGUGUGGGAAAACAGCAGCAACAGUAACAACAACAACAGCAGCGGCAGCAGCAGCAACAACAACAACAGCAGCGGCGGCAGCAACACAAACAGCAACGCCAUCAAGAAUACUGCAAUGCUGGAGCCUACCAGCAGGGUGCAGGCUCCCUAUCAGCCUCCAAUUGAGUCCUCGCCCACCUACAUGGGGGAGUUUUCACACCAGAACUGGUAUCAGCAGCAGGCUACGCAUCUAAGUCUGCAGCCUUCGGGGCAGACGCACCACGCAGCGUCGACGGCGCCGUCAGCCGCACAGAGUAUGGGCGCUGUUUACUGAAACACGGACUCAAGCGGAGUGGGGGUGGGGUGUUUCCGGGACCAGAGUCGCGACAGUUAUCGUCAGACACGAGACACGAGACACGUGGCUGUAAAAAAACACACCUGACACGCGUGUUGUUAAACAGGCUUUUCUACAGUAAAUGUGGGUUAAAAAAAACAAGAAGCACCGGCCUCAUUUGAAGCAGCGUAGAGUGAGCGACGUUAGGUUUUUUUAUUUGAAAUCACUGAUAAUAUUUUGUAUAUUUAAUAUUUUAAACAUGACCAUAUUUAUGUCAAAAAUCC